UUCAGACGCCUCCCUGUGCCAGGCCCGCCGGCUGCCUGGACUCGGUUUCAGGAGGGGAGUCCCCCCUCAGCACAGCCGUGCUGCUCCCUCCUGCUCAGGCACCGAGCAACGGUGUUUUGGUGGCCACAGGUUCAGCAUGAAGCUCGACUAGAAGCACAAUGACCGUACGGGGAAAAGAUGCCCGUGGGGUUGGACACUCGCUAGCAGAGAGCUGAAGCCCCCAGCCUGCGCCCAGGAGAGCAGGAUGCGGGUCACCACGCGCAGGGUGCUGCUGCUGCUGGGCUCGGUGGCAGCCCUGAUGGUGACCCUGCACCUCGGGCAGCAGGUCCUGGAGUGCCAGCAGGUCCUGAGCGAGAGGAGGCACAGGCUGAUGAGGCCGGAGAACGAGGAGCUGGUGAUGGUGGACGCCAACCACGUGGAGUACCGCUACAGCAAGGACAUGCCCCUGAUCUUCAUCGGCGGCGUCCCCCGCAGCGGCACCACGCUGAUGAGGGCCAUGCUGGACGCCCACCCCGAGGUGCGCUGCGGGGAGGAGACCCGCAUCAUCCCCCGCGUGCUGGCCAUGCGCCAGGCCUGGUCCAAGUCCGGCCGCGAGAAGAUGCGGCUGGACGAGGCGGGGGUGACAGACCAGGUGCUGGACGCGGCCAUGCAGGCCUUCAUCCUGGAAGUGAUCGCCAAGCACGGCGAGCCCGCCAGGUACCUGUGCAACAAGGACCCCUUCACGCUCAAGUCCUCCGUGUACCUGUCCCGGCUGUUCCCCAACUCCAAGUUCCUGCUGAUGGUGCGGGACGGGCGCGCCUCGGUGCACUCCAUGAUCACGCGCAAGGUGACCAUCGCUGGCUUCGACCUGAACAGCUACCGGGACUGCCUGACCAAGUGGAACAAGGCCAUCGAGGUGAUGUAUUCCCAGUGCCUGGAGAUCGGCCGCGCCCGCUGCCUGCCCGUCUACUACGAGCAGCUGGUGCUGCACCCUGAGCAGUCCAUGCACAACAUCAUGAGGUUCCUGGACAUCUCCUGGAGCGACACGGUGCUGCACCACGAGGAGCUCAUCGGGAAGCCCGGUGGAGUGUCCCUUUCUAAGAUAGAGAGGUCAACAGACCAGGUGAUCAAGCCGGUGAACAUGGAGGCGUUAUCCAAAUGGAUCGGGCACAUCCCGGGGGAUGUGCUGCAGGACAUGGCCCACAUCGCCCCCAUGCUCGCCAGACUGGGCUACGACCCCCACGCCAACCCCCCCAACUAUGGCCACCCUGACCCCCUGGUUGUCAACAACACGCACAGGGUUUUAAAGGGGGAUUAUAAAACACCGGCCAAUCUCAAAGGUCACCUGCAGGUGACUCAGAAUACGUCAUCUUCUCACUAAGAAAAUUAAUGAUUUCCAGAACGCUGCCAAUGGCCUGUUGUUGCCCGAGAAGGACGAGUGUGCAGUGGGCCCGUGGAAAUCUGUUCUCCAAGCAUAUUGCUUGCUCCUACUGUUGCCAAAUGACUGCGCUCCAGGAAUGUAUUUGCAUUUAUUUGCAAAGGCCAAACGUGCUCCACGGCGGGAACGUCCCCGGCCCCGUCCCAGCGCUCUGUGGGGAACGCAGCUGCAGAAACCCGGGCUGGGGGGGACGGCAGGACAUUACCUGUGCCGUGGCUGGAGGACUCUGUACAUCGCAUUUGUGUCUCGUGAUCUGUUCCCCGUUCCCGGUGUGGGGAACAGCCCUCCCAUCCCCGCUGUCCCAUAUUUCUGGGAUCGGGAAGAGCCGCCCCGGUCCUGCUGUUCCCAACUCCCCGGGUCAGGAACAGCCCCCUGGCCCUGCAGAGCCUUUGUGGUGCGUGUGCCCUCCCCCCAUCCCCGACCCUGCAGAGGCUAUUGCAGAGUUAAUAUAUGCCCCCCUCCCUCCCCCCCACCCACGGUGUCGGACACCAUUAAAGUGUUGAUUUGA